UCAAAUUACGUAGGAUUUGCUUCACCAACAAUUUCUAUAUUCGCAUAUCUUUAUAUUACUCUUGUUGACAAAAUUUGUUUGUGGGAAUUCGUUUCUCAACUCCAAAUGAAAAACCGAUCAACCGCAACCGCUUAUUACCCACAAAUAAAUUAUAGGAAAAAGUAGUACCAACAGGUUCUAAACCAAACAGUGUUUAUAGUGUUGCAUGCCGCAUUAAAAAAAUGACCUCGAAAUUUUUUUAUCUACACAUUCUAAUAAUUUUAACGCUCCUCCAAUUGAUUACUGCCAAUGAAGAUGAAAGUCCAAUAAAAUUGGAAGUGGCUCGCGGUGCGCGUACUUGCCGUCGUUGCGUCGGGAAACUGCAGCCUACAGGCCUUAUUAAACAGUUGAAGACCUUGAGAAUUAAUAGGCGUUGGGAAAAUGAAAAAGAAUUUCGCAAGGGUAUACGUUUUAAAUACUAUCGUGAUGGUGAAAAGGUUUACGAAAGCGCCAGCGAUGAUCCCAAAGCGCUGACCAAAUCUGGCUGUUCGCCUGAUGAUAAAUUUGCAUUUAUUUUGCAUGGUUGGCGGCAAAGCUGCGAAACGGAAUGGGUGCUCACCCUUAUUGAACGGCUCACAUAUCAUCGUGGCGGUUGCAUUGUGUGCAUAGACUAUGAAGUCUUCGCCAAGGACUCUUAUAUGUGGUUAUAUAGAAGCUUUCGACGCAUUUCCAAUAUAAUUACAAAACGAAUGUUGCUACUAAUUAACGAAGGCUUCAAUCCCGAUAAUGGUUAUAUGUUCGGUUUUAGUUUUGGCGGGCAGUUGGCAUCGGCAAUUGGACGUAGUUUGAGUGAACGAUAUCUCUUUCGCAGCAUUGAUACUUGUGACAUGGCUGGUCCCGGUUUCGAUGUCUUCAUCAACAUCGAUCAUCGUGAGGCUGCUCGUCACGUACAGUGCUUGCACUCUAGUCGCGAUAAGGGCACACAGAUCUACACUUGCCAUCAGAAUGUCAGAUUGGGUAGCUGCGGUCACUACCAACCAGCUGCCUCCAGUCAACCCUACUAUAGCAGCCAUGGUUUAUGCGUACAAAUUUAUAUAAAUGCGUUCGACUAUCCCUUCUAUGCGAUGCAAUAUGAGCCGACAUGGUGUGCUUCAAAGCGGGCCGCCACAAAUAUACCAUAUAAAUACACGAUUGGAUACAAUGAGACGCCUGAUUCUAAUAUUAGCGGUGAAAUUUUCGUGCCAACUAGCCUACAUUUCCCUUAUAAUUUUUCUGAGAAGGAGAUGCUAAUGUUGGGAUUUUUUGAUGAAAAUUCGGAAAUAUAAACCAAUAGCACUUAAAUAAUCACUGGAAAAUGCACCUUACAAUUGCCCACCAGCCAUGCAUAUAAAUAAAAAUGCAUUUAAUACACAGAUAGUCAAAUUGUCAGCGAAAGAUUUUUAACAGCACAUUUACUAAUAAAAUUACCCAAGCAUUUACAACAAUAAAUAAAAACACUAAUUUGUAAUAAUGACGUAAUUGUAAAAUAUUUUUUUUAAUAAAUGUAAAUUUACAAAUCUAUCACACAAAAUAUUCACCAAUGUUAGUGAGUUCACUGCAUAUCCUGUUGCAUUUACAUUACAGCACUCUUUUGUAUUAACAGGACUUGCAGUACUUAUGUGAAAUAAUCCCUACCGCAACAUUGCUAAUGUGAUGGCAGUGAGUUCACUGCAAGUCCUGUUGCAUUUACAUUACAGCACUCUGUUGUAUUAACAGGACAUGCAGUACUUAUGUGAAAUAGUCACUACUCCAUCAUAAAGCGACUGUGGUGUAAUGGUAAGACUUACAGCAUGGCGUUACAGAGGUUGGAGAUUCGAGUCCGGCUUAGAAGGAAUUGUAUCAUGUCAGGUAAUUUAUAAAAUUCAAAUAAAUAUAAAUAGUAAAGGUAAAUUAAUUACAAAUAUAAUAAUAAAAACAACAAUAUGUAAUGAAUGUAUGACAAUGCAUAAUACCAACAACAUGAAUAAUACAGUUGUAGUUGUACAAGAAUGAAUAUACAUA